AUGUUCUCCCGCACCUCUUCGUUGUUCAUCGCAAUGGUGGCGUUCACCACACUUACCGCUGCCAUUCCCAGUGUGGAACGCCGCACCAAUCCCACCACGACGGUGACCGUGACUACAAAGCCAUCGUCGACGCCCAUUUCCCCGAACCAGUGCAACACUAACAACAUCCAAUGCUGCAAUUCUGUCCAGAGGAGUGAUGCACCCGUCUUCACGGGCCUGUUUGGAUUGCUCGGCAUAGUUCUCCAAGGUGUCGUCCCUAUUGGCCUCGCUUGCAGCCCUAUCUCCGUCAUUGGCAUCGGUGGUAUCUCCUGCGACGCGCAGACCGUCUGCUGUGAGAACAAUAACUUCAACGGAUUGAUUGCAAUCGGCUGCACCCCCAUUAACAUCGGCCUCUAG